GUGCGGUCGAAGUAGAGGAUCCGAAAGACGGCGUUGGAGACGGGGAAGAGCAUCGCCGGCACGCAGAGCGGGCAAGAGAGCGCACUGCGAAUCAGCAGCAGCAAGAUGCCCGGCAUGAACCGCUGGAGGGCGGGGCUGCUCAGCACGCCCCACACAAACAGCGAGGCGGCGCGGGCCGCAGCCAGAGAGUAGAGCGGGCGGAGCAUCCAGAGGAGUAGUUCGCUGAUGAGCCGGAACUCGUCAUCGGCGUCGAAGGCGUCGGGCCCCUGAGACCCGGCCUCCCCGUCUUCUGCGCCGAAUGGCCACUGGAAGCCCGCGGGCUCGUCGGGCUCUGCCGCGAGGGGCGCAUAUCCGGUGCAGUUGGAGAGCGUGAUGCAGCGCUUGUCGAUGCGAGACGGGGCCUCGACGAGAAUGACGGCGAUGGAGGCUGCCAGGAGAAUCAAGCCGCCGCAGAGCUCGCGCCCGAGGAGCAGCCCGAGCUGCAGGAGCGCACGGCAAAACUCCCGCGAUGGCAAAGUUGAGUGGGCCUUAGGCUGAGGCGGCGAGGUGUACAGUGGGAGGUGGUCGGCCGAGCCCUGGCCGCGGUCGGCCGAGCCUUUGCCGCUGGUCGACUCUGGCGCCGCCGUGCCUGCGCUCUCGCGAAGCUCCUCGAUCUCCUCGAGGAUGGCGUUCUCGAAGCGAUCCAGGCCGCCGUGGCGGUUGGCUGGCGCCAGCUCGUUCACCAUCUCCACCGCUUCGGUGUAGUUGGCUUUGGCUGCCGUCGAUGACAAGGCGGUUGAGCGGGAGUUGGAUCGCAGACGGCUCGGGGUGACCGGGCUUGCUGCUCCGCGUGGCGGCUCGUUCCCGGACACCUCGCUCGGGAGGGCGUGCUCCAUGACAAACGAAGACCAGGAGCGGUACGGAUGUGUCGGACGCGACGGUGGCCUCGACUGUGCGACUGUGCGACCGUGCACCCUGCCGAUGCCCUUCAAGCAGAAGGAAAUUCUCGUCAAGGCCGAGCAGAAGCUCAGCGGCAAGGAUGUGAAAAAGCUCUCCGCUGAGGCGCGGCUGGCGGCACCCGAGGAUGCUGCGCUCCUCCUCCGAAAGGGCGCCGACGUCGUGCAGAGGCGCACGGCCGGCGGGUUGGUGUGCCGCAUCAUCGACUGCGACAGAGUCCCGGUGCUCUUCGAGCUCGGCAGCUCGGGCCUCUUGCCGACGCUGCCCGGGCUGUGGCGAGUCCCGACCGCGCUGCCCGCUCUCGUCUGCCCGCCAGAGGCGGCGCGCUACUUGAUCAACGGCGCAGACCUGCUCCUCCCCGGCGUGCGUGCCGCCGACGCGUCGGUCGCAGCUCUCCCCGCCGGCGCCGCCGCCUGCGUCCGCAUCUUCGGCAACCCCUCGGCGGUCGCGGUUGGCGUGCUUGCCGUGCCUGGCGCCGCUGUCGCCGAGGCGGUCCGCAGCCCAGGCGCGGUCAAGGGGACGGCGCUGCAGGUCGAGCACGUGGUCGGGGACGCGCUCUGGCGGCUCGCGGGCCGGCCUCUCCCCAACUCGGGCUUCGUCGUUGCCGAGGGCGGCGGCGUCAAGGACGCGUCGCUGCCUAUGACAGUCAACGCGUUCUACAGCCAGCACAUGCGCCCAGGCCGACCGGCGGGCACGUCGCUCGACGUCAAGGUCUCGAGCCGCCAGAAGGGGAAGAAGUCCGGGGAGGGGGGAAUCAAAAGGGCCGCUGUGGGCAGGCCUCGAGCUACAAGAAGCUGA